CGUACCAGCUGCCAGUCAGUAAGUGCUGAGCCGCGAUCGUGCCUUCAUGUGCCUUCUCAGAGCUCUCGUUUUUUCGCUCUCACGAAACUCACUCGAUUGUCUCAGUUCACUAAGCCCCUUUUUUUCUUGGAAUGAAAAUGACAGAUUAAUGAACUUAACGGUGGUAUAACUUCAGAGAUGCUUCACUUGAGUUGUGUGAGCGUCUAGAAGAUAAAUGCACUUACGCUGAAUGUGUGAUAAAGUGACAGUGUUGAGUGUCGGUGACGGGUCUGUGUAAGGUGACACGCCAGCUGAUCCUGCCUGUUGUAUCACCUGAUCAUCACCCCCCCAGCCCCUCCUGUACCCCCGCUGGUCACAGCAAUUUACAAUCUAAGAAUAUUAUGAGAACAAAGAAAGAAACGAUGUAGCAGCUUCUUAUAUUUAAAGUGCGACAGAAAGAAGUGUGUUGGGAAUGCUUAAGUCAAUCUUCACAUACGAGAAUUACCCGUAGUUCUCCUUCACCAGUACCAGGAUAUUAGUGUAUAAAGUUUCAUAAUGACCUGGUAACGUAGUGAAUCCUCGCACAAGUGAGAGCAGGUGUGGUGGGCCACCUGCGAGAGGGUGCCCACCUCUUGUGCCAAGAUGGACUCCAUCUGGUCCACUCGGCGGUACGCUCCAGUUACCGUGGACAUCGACCUUCUCACGCUAAAGGGUAAGAAGAUCCUGAAGGCGGCGUCGGAGAAGACUAAGAGGACAAAAGCGCCUCAACACCUGCAGAAGCACCACCCACAUCUGCAGAUACAGAUGGACCCGGCUGAGGGAGAGCCUCUGAAGCAGACCAUCACCGACCUCCCGGACAUUGCACCGAUGACCGUGGGUUGGCCGAGGCGGCGUCCCCUCGACGUGGCCUUCAAUGACAUCAGUCUGGUCCUGGACAAGACGCCCAUCCUAUCGCGAGUGGGUGGGACAUGCAAGCCUGGGGAGGUGCUGGCCAUCAUGGGUCCUUCAGGUUCGGGCAAGACGUCCCUCUUGAACGCCAUCAGUGGUCGAGUACGUCCUACCAGCGGCACCAUCACUAUAGGAGGGUCCCCCCUUAACAAGCGCCACAAACGUCAGAUCUGUUAUGUUCUACAGGACGAUAUCUUCUAUACUAAUCUCACAUUAAGACAAACACUUGUGUACACAGCCCUUCUCCGUCUGCCGGACAGCAUGACCUAUCAAGAGAAGAUGAAUCUAGUGGACCAUAUCCUUGAUAUUCUUGAUCUCAAGCACUGCCAAGACACAAUUAUUGGUAAGGUGAUGAAUCGGGGCCUUUCUGGUGGAGAAAAGAAGAGAACCAACAUUGCCUGUGAGUUGCUCACCAACCCCUCCAUUAUGCUUCUUGAUGAACCAACAUCAGGGUUGGACUCCAGUACAGCCCAUAGCCUGAUAACAACGCUCAAGCAGUUUGCCGAGAAGGAGCACAAAACCGUAAUAGUAACCCUUCACCAACCUUCCUCACAAAUAUUUUACAUGGUUGAUCGGUUAUUAUUGCUCUGUAAUGGUCAAAAUGCGUAUUUUGGUGACACAAGAAAAGUAGUUGAACACUUCUCCAAUCUAGGUCUUCCAAUCGCCCCACACUACAAUCCAGCAGAUUUCAUAUUGGAGCAAGUGAAAGGACCACUUGAAGUGCAAGAGAGAUUAAUUCAAGGGGCAAAAGAGGACAUAAGAUUAAACUUCAAUAUUCCGGAGAAUUUCACUCUUCAGACAUCCCCUUCUAUACAGUCUCUUUAUUCUAAAUACUUAUCAUUACCAACUGUGCAUGUAACAACAGGUAUAGACAAUAACCAGUUUCCUUGGAACAACAAGUGUACAGCAUGCCAACAACAAUGCCAACAUAUUCAACAAAAAUGUCCAACUGAUGUUUCUGUCACUAUAGAUAUAGAUAAAAAAGAAUCUCCAAUCUACAAUAAAAUAGUUGUGGGUGAGGAGGAAGACAGUGGUAGGUCAUCAUGGUCAGAGGAGACUAGGAGUGAAGCCUCGGGGCCUAGCUCGCCGUGUGAAGAGUACACAGACGUGCAGUGGCCUACAUCAUUUUUCACUCAGUUUAAGGUAUUGACACAACGGAACUUUUGUGUGGCUCGUCCCAUCAUCCUCUCAUGGCUCAAUGGGGCACAGACAUUGAUUCUGGCUAUAAUCGCAGGACUCCUGUGGUAUCAGGCACCAAGGACAGAAGAAAGCCUUCAGGAUAUUCAGGGAUGGAUGUUUUUCUCGACCCAUUAUUGGAUGUUGUUCAAAUUAUUUUCUGCACUUCAAUCAUUCCCGGCUGAGCGUGAGGUGAUAACAAAAGAACGUGCUAGUGGCUCUUAUCGAGUGAGUGCUUACUACUUAGCCAAGAUGGUAGGGGAACUGCCGCUAACCUUCACGCUGCCAACCUUAUACUUCUUUAUCUCAUAUUCAAUGAUGGGUUGGGACAACAUCAUCACUGGGUUUAUGCUCCUCUUCAUGCUACUGCUCAAUACUCUAGUUGCACAGAGUGUUGGGCUUCUCAUAGGUGCAGUGUGCUAUGACCUACAAGUUGGUAUUACCAUCGCAGCAAUCUUCACGCUUUUCACACAGUUAUUUGGAGGAUACCUUGCCAAUCGAAUUCCACCAUGGCUUGCUUGGGCAAAGUACUUAUCCAUGGUUCAUUAUGCUUUCCAAAACAUGAAUAUAAUCCAGUUCACAUAUGGGAAGGAAAUAAGUUGCUCAAUGGAACACUCACGCUUCAACAGCUGUGUUGAAGUUUCAAAUAAUGAAGCAGAUUCUCAUCCAAUUCCUAUAGAAGAGAUCCUGGCAGAAAGAGGGGAAACUCUUCCUAUUUGGUUAAAUACCGUCAUCCUAAUUGGAUUCAUGAUUGUAGUACGUCUUUUAACCUAUAUAAUGCUCAGAUUUCUUCAUCGCCCAAAGUAGCAUUAAUUCUAAAUAGGAAAUAUCCCACAAAUUAAUUCCAGUCUCGAUUUAUAUAAUGCU